AUGACUUCGACCUCAAUUCUUGUCGCCGUGGGUGGCUUGUUGGCGCGCGUCGCUGCGCAAACUGCAAAUCCAACCGUCCGCGCCGCCGUUGUCUUCAUCAAUCACGGCGAGACCACGCCCAACCUUGUCAGCGAUCGUGCCAUCCUCACGCCCAACGGCGCUCAGCAAAUGCAGCGACUGGGGGCUGCCUUUCGCAGUCGAUAUCUGGGCGGCACCGCAGGCAAUGCCACCUCGUCAAAUAGCGCAGAACAAGCUCCCAUCCUGAGCUUGUCGACCGACAGCAUUGACAAUGCCCAGAUGACUAUCAUGGCUGCAACGCAGGAGUGGUCGACCAACAGUGCUGCUGCAUUCAUGCAAGGACUCUAUCCUCCCAAACCUGGUACGAGCUACGUCGGACGUAACCUUGCCUUGAACUCCAACACUACGGAUUACCCAUUGGAUGGCUACCAGUAUGCUCAAAUCAUGACAUAUUCGAACUCGGAUGUUAACUCUGUUGCGAUCCAAGGCUAUGAAGCCUGCACCGCCUGGCAAGACCAGAUGAGCCAGAACCUGUCCCGGAGCACCGAGAUCGCCCAGAGAGUCAGCGACAAGGCCUAUUUCUAUAGUAAACUAUUCGCCAGUGGCCCCAUGCAGGGCAGCUUGCCAGCGAGCCAAGCAACGUACCUUAACGCGGAAGAGAUAUACCACUUUGUCGACUUCAACUACGCCUACAAUGAGACGGUUCACAACAGCCUCCAGGACCCCAACGGCACUCUUUCCGUCCUGCAAAACAAUGCGUUUUCGCUUGAGAAGACCAAGACCAGCUACAGCGACAAGAAUACAAACACAUCUGAUGCCGCCAACGUGCUUUACAGCAUUGCCGGCCGUACGUUGGCCGACAAGGUCACCGAUCAGUUCAGCACCUUCCUCGCAACCAGCGGGACGAGGGGCAAGCUGACGUUGAUGUUUGGAUCUUUCCAGACCUUGAUGGCCUUCUUUAGCCUCGCGGGUCUCAUCGACGACCAGAGCGCCGCGGCGGACGCGUUUAGCCAGCUACCAAGGCCGGGCUCUGCGAUUGCGUUUGAGCUCGUAGGCGACACCAACUCCAGCGACGAUUUUGAUGGUCUUCAGGUGCGGUUCUCAUACAAACCGAGUGCCGACGCUGAGGAUAAAUUCUCGACGCAUCCCCUUUUUGGAUCCAAACACGGUGGCGCCGGCGCCUACAUGCCUUACACGUCUUUCUUCAGCAACAUGAGCGAGAUCAGCAAGACCCCCCGCCAGUGGUGCAAAAUCUGCAGCCCAGGAUCAACAGCGACCUUUUGCUUGAACUCAACCCUCUCAGACGGUCAGGAAAGCGGUUCAUCUUCAAGCGCCAUCAGUCCCGCCGUUGCCGGCAUCCUCGGUGCCGUGCUGACGGCCGUCCUCAUUGCAUGCGUCGCAGCGGGAUUCGCAGCCCUCGGCGGCUGGCGUUUCAGUCGCCGUAAGGGGGGCCCGGGCGGCCCGGGGCCUGCAGGCUCUGCCGUAGGAGGAUUCAGGGGAAAGGACAAGAUGGCCAGCGACGCUGACAUGACGGUGUCCAACGCUGGGCGGAACCAGGAACGUGUGGGGAGCUGGGAGCUGGGAGAUGGCCGGACGGGAGGCGCCGUCGUGACCGGCAAGUUUGCCCAGAGGACGAGAGCAAUGGACGAGGACGGAAUAAGCAUCACGGGCGCCCCCGUCAAGGCGAGGGAGACCGUGUGA